GUGCUGUGUUGUGUUUUUUUCUAUAAAAGCUAGGUUUUUCUUGUGUUGUGUUUGGGCGUUAUUUAUUGGUGUGUCUCAUACAUGAUACAUACUCAUCGUGGAUAUCGAAUUGACAGCGAUUCAGCGGAGGAUACAGGAUAGAAAGACAUCGAGACCCCCCAUUCCCAUUCCUUAAUAGAGAGUUUCCACCUCCACACAUGGUCUGCCCUCCCUUUAUUAUUAUUAUUUUUCUAAUGGCUAAGAGGACGAUUCCUUCCUCGAGAUCUUCUCCUUGAUCAUUUCCUCCCCGAAUUCUCUCCGCAAUUCCAUCCAUCUCUGUAACACACAAUACAAUAGCUGUUUGCUUCACUCGUUUUCUUCUUUCUAGAUUCAGAUCGAUUCAUAGCUCCUUGCUUUGAGCUCUCUCGCUGUCGUAUCGCUUUGUUGAGCUCCUCAAAUCUGUCAGCAUUUUGCUUCAUAAAUUUUUAGACAUUGUUUGCUCUACCCAUGGCCACUUUUUCUGUUUCCGGCCCCAAGUCCUCUGCAUUUGCUCUCUGCCGGCCGCGACCACAGAAUUCGCAUCAUCAGCACCCGAAGAUCUCAUUUCAUUCUGCUUCUAUAUCAAGCUCUCCAUCAUUGCUUGCUGGAUCUUCGCUGGAACAACACUCUUUUUCCAGACCUCAGGGGCCUAGUCAGGACCGAUCCAUUGUCUGGAAGGUGCAAGCUCAACUUAAUGAGGUUAUUGUUGAGAAAUCUUCAAAUUCUACCCCAUUGCCUGAGGCCAUAUUGGAAAUUCCAUCAUCAGCAGAACAACAAGAGUCGGUUAAUUCUGCUCUGCAAAGCACUGCCCCAGAUCCCUCAUCUAUUUCAGCUUUUAUGAAUCAAGUGGCAGACCUUGUCAAGCUUGUGGAUUCCCAAGAUAUUAUGGAGCUUCAACUUAAGCAGCUAGAUUGUGAGCUCAUUAUAAGGAAGAAAGAAGCUUUGCCGCGGCCGACAACUGAAUCCCCUUUUGUUAUGAUGCAACCUCCUCUACCUCAAGUUAUGCUUUCAUCUCAAUUUCCGCCAACCCAGGCUAUGGCACCUGCCUCUGCAAGUUCUUCCUCAUCUCCAGUUCAAGCCCUACCUUCACCUCCAAAGACAAGCAAGUCAUCACAUCCACCUCUGAAGUCUCCCAUGGCAGGAACGUUUUAUCAGUCUCCUGCACCUGGGGAACCACCAUUUGUGAAGGUUGGAGAUAAGGUCCAGAAAGGCCAGGUUGUUUGCAUCAUUGAAGCCAUGAAACUGAUGAAUGAGAUUGAAGCUGAUCAGUCAGGAACUGUAGUUGAGGUACUGGUUGAAAAUGGGAAACCAGUUAGUUUGGACACGCCAUUGUUCGUCAUUGAGCCAUGAAGAAACCAAAGAUUUGUGAUUUCAAAUUUGUGGGGUGAAGUAACUCUUCAUUUUCUGAAAUUUGGAGUAAAAUGUAUUUUCUUUUUCCAGUGUUUUUAGUUAUAGUUCCCUCAUAUUGCAUUUGCUAUAUAUUAAAGGUCUUUCUUAUUUGUCAAAAAAGUCUCCGUAAUCGUUAGGGUUUAUGAGUUGAAAAAGAUAUGUUAAAUGCCUCUGAAAUGUAUAAAACUGCAUCCAAGCAAAAAGUAGUUUGGGAAUCAUAGAAGCACUUUAUUCAUUCACAGGUA